GCGGUGGUGGCAGUUACUUGCUUCCUCCUAAUCAACCACCCCUACCCAUCCCCACUCAUCUAUAUAGAUAGAUACAUACGAUUCAUGUAAAUAUAUAUAUAAGUAGUCAUCACCACCGCCGGCGCGUGAACGACACCACAACCGAUGGCGAGCUCCACUCAGCUGAAAUCCGACGCGCUAAUGGAGCAGAUGAAGCUCCACAUGUCAACCGAUGCAGGAAAACAGCUAAUUAAGAAAAUCGGACUCGUUUAUCAGAUCAAUAUCGCGCCCAAGAAACUCGGGUUUAAUGAGAAGUCUUUCGUCGUUGAUUUGAAGAAAGGGGAGGUUAAAGAAGGGGUGUAUGAAGAUGGUAAACCAGAUGCUACCUUUUCAUUCAAAGAUGAUGAUUUUAUUAAGGUUGCCACUGGGAAGAUGAAUCCUCAGUUUGCUUUCAUGAGGGGUGCAAUAAAGAUCAAGGGUAGCAUAAGUGCAGCACAGAAAUUUACUCCCGACAUUUUCCCCAAACCUUCGAAGAUGUGAGGUGCGGCAUCACUCGGUUAAUCCAUAUUUCAGUCGCUUUCUACGUUUUUUUUUUCCGUUCUAUAAUCCAUGCAUAUUUAUUAGUUUUCGCAAUAUGUGUUAACAAUUCGAAACGAUGAAUAUUUUCGCAAUGAAAGAGUAGCCGAUUUUUCGUGCAUAUUCAGUUA